UGGCGGACAAAGGCAAAAAUAAAUUUUACUUCCUUGUUUUCCUCAAUUUGUGAUGUGAAAAAGGCAUCUGACGUUGAGAAUCCUGCAUCAAAAUGGUUCGCAAAAAGGCCAGGCUAAAGGCAGACCAGCCCUGGCCGUGUUGCUGGAGCGGGAUUGGCUGUGAUUGCAGCUUAGGACUACUCUUUUUCCUCAGUUUCACCCUUGCAACUUCAUUUUUCAUUUAUCUGGUUGUGACUGCCUCGCUCCCGCCGGUUGGGUGGAUCAACGAAGGACACUGUGAGAAUAAGCCUGGGGCUGUUGAAAGGACAGAGAUCAACCCACCAAAAACUGAUAAAUUGGAGCUGGGUAAAGCUACGCAGGAGCCCCACCGGUGGCAGGGGCAGUUGUUUCAAAUGGUGAAGCCAGCAGAUCCCAAAUUCAAUACAUUUCCGGAUGAUAAAUGGAUGGGGUAUAUGCGAUCGCUGGGUCUGGUCAGUGUUGUUGAAAACAAUCAGAAAAUGCCACCAAGAACGUUGGAUUCCAUCAGCCCCAAUGAACUGGCUGACUGUUCAUCAGAGAAAUGCCUCUCUUCGUCUGAGAUUUCACCGUUCCGACAAUGGACCCUUUUCUUUCGAGCGUUGGCAAUGUUUAAAGUGUUAUGGGAUCGACAUGGCAGGGAUGACCCUCAAUGCCAAUUCAUUCUAGACAUGCGGAAGCGACCGACAUUUUAUAGUUACUCGAGAACAUAUUACAAUGAUAAGCUCACAAAAUUUGACUCGAUGGAGUGUAGAGUUAACGUCAGUGGGACCUUGAUGAAAGCUGGUGCAGUGUUUGACACAGUUUUACAGGACGUGUUUGUGAGGAGGCUGCUAUCUGCUGAAGAGAUGAGAAGGCUUGCGUCGCGAAUGACAGUAACGUGCGGGACAAUAACCAGCUGUUUGAAGGCUAAUAUCAUGGACGAGCUGCAAAAUUCCAAAUUCCAAUCGGCGGGAAUUCGCCGUCGACUGCUGGCCGUCGCAGAUGACAUCACGCGGGAUGCGGCGUAUUCAUAUCCCGUCGCCCUGAUGUGCGGCCUGUCCAGCUUCCUCAUCAUCUUCAUCGCAAUCCUCUGUGUCUGCAAUAAAAAAACGUCAACGAUGAACAGCUAUUCUGGAGAAACAAGUGCACUUGUAAAAUUAAAAACAUUUCGCAGGAGUGAAGACCCGGAUAUCAUGUUGAAGCAAGUAACGCCUCGGGUCGACCGGCGUUCAAUAAACAUCGAGGCCAGUGCUGCCCCUAUGAACAAUGAGAGACACUCGGUACACGUCAUUAUUGAAGAGAAGAGGAAGAGUGCUGGACCCAUAUCAAUCACGGAAAACGGACCAUAUCAGUUAGGACAUUCUAGAAAUGAUUCCCGGUCGUCUGCUCGGGGAGGCACACUAGAUAGAAGACUUCCUGCCAUUCCAAUUGUCGAUCCCACCCCUUCGUGUGACGACGAGCCUGACGACACAUACGACACGAUCGCGCCAACAAAAGUAGCAGCGCAAAAUAAAACCGAUUACGAUACGCGCACGGACACUAGUGAUUCCAAAACUGAUGAGGGGUCGCUCCGGUAUGAGCCGGUCCGGAUGCGCGAGGAUGUUUACGCAGAGGUGACCGAUGUAAAACAGGAACCAGCCAAGGAACGGCGCGUGUCGCCCGACGGAGUCCGAGUCAGUAUGGAUGAAAUGUAUGAGGUCGUAGGAAAACGUACGGCCGCCAUGUCUAAUGAGGAGAAAUGCUUAUCGCAGAUGCAGCGUGAACGAAUCAAUCACGAGUCGCCAUAUUCCAGGCUCCCAGACGACGAAUCAGAAUUAUCGGGAGACGGCGUCGUACAGCGCCCUCGAUCACAUAUAGACGCUGUACCAACGAAUUCGCUCCCUCGGGCACAGAGCGAUGAAGUCUAUGAAAUGUAUGACACUGUCGCCGAUGAAAGCGCAAGGAAUUCGCGGAGUUUUGAUUCCAACGAGGAUGGGUUGUUCGAGGAUGAUAACUACGCCUCGGUUGAACCACCGCCUCCCGUGCCUGAUCGCCAGUACAGCCCCGAGGAGAUCUUGUCCCAGUCGUCAGGUGCCCAGUCACCGUCGUCCCCAAUCAGGACUGACCGGAAUGCCGUCGUUCUACCUCCAUUGGUUGGGCCUGGGGCCGCAUUGCCUGUCCCUGGUGACGGAGCCAUGAGUGACCCGCCGUACAGCCAAGUGACGGCCCGCGAGUCGUUGGCAAGCAUCCGAGAACGGCACCAAGGACAGAUGUCACCCGUGGUGGUCAAUGAGUAUGACUCUGUGGACAAUGACAACGUCUACGAACCUGUCGACGAUCAACCUGAACCAAGCAGACAUCGAGCACAUACGAUACCUAAUGACGGGGCGUGUGACUGGUAUUCAGAAAUCGACUGCACGGCUGCUGCUAGACAUUCAGUGGAAGUGGGAGGCCUGUACAGCGACAUUGACGCCUCAUCGCCCGAAUUACGGGAUAUUACUUACAUCGAUGAGGAUCCUGUCGUGGCGACGUCACCAGUUGAGAUACGCGCCCGAUCCUUUACCAUUGGAUCGACGCCAAACCACGUCGACGACAUUUACGCCAACGUUGACAAAUCGAAGAAAACCGUACGGCGUCCUCCAGAGAACUUACCAAUGCUGGUGGAGAUAACCACCGCGGAAAAAAAGGACGUCCAUCCGUACGCUGUUGUGGAUAAGUCAAAGAAGAGGAAAAAUCGCGUGAAUAAUGAUGAGAAUACGCCCCCUAUAGCAUCUCCUGAGAACUAUAACGACACAGGCGCGCGGCCGAAAAUCCAAGCGUUCACUGGUGUUCGAGAAACUGAUAAAAAUGCCGGCCGGGAAAGCUUGGACAGUUCUGGUUAUCAAACUGUUGACAAGUUUAAGCCAGAAACGGAAAGUAGCUCAAGUGGAGCGGAAUCGAAUUUGAAAAGUCCCAACGGACAUUUACCGUCGUUGCCGGACGAGCUGGUGGAACCUGGUUAUGCUACGGUCGCCGAUGAUGAUGACGACGACGGUACCUUAUAUGACGAGAUAAGGUUGGAGAAUGGGACAAUCAGUAAUGGUGCUAAGAGCGAGGGAGAGAAGGAAGAGAUGUUUCACAUGAGUAACCACAAGGUUCCGGAGGACUUCUGGGUGAGGCAGGAACCGGUCUAUUCAGAAGUCGACGAGGACGACUCACCGACAAUUAUACCGGUGACGGUUUUAUGAUCGGUUUAUUACGAAAGAGUGUUUAUUUUUUAUUUUGCAUGUUGUUAUAAAUGUAUUUUGUUAUUGUUUUUGAUGGUGGAUUUAAAGGAUGACUUGUUAAUACUGACUGUCGCUAAAUAUUACGCUUAUUAUAUUUCCAUUUGAGGAGUGAAGCUGGGAAACCAUGAGGUGUUUACCACAGUUGCUGUCGUCUCAGUGGAUUAUUUCCUGUCUUUACCUGUGUGGUGGAUGGAAGUCUUGGCGUUUGGUUGAAAUGGGCAUUCAUCAAACUUGUUUCCCCGUUUAUGGGCAUUGCCAACUUAACCCCUCCGCUCGGGGAAUGGGAUUGAUAAUGAUGCAUAAGGCCCAACUCCACAUAAGCAUUUCACGCAAUGUACUGUAAACGGCCAUAUUUUUGGCCCUAAAAUUCUCAAAAAAUGAUAUAUUUCACAUUUUUAUUGUGGCAUAAGAUACAAAAUAUCUUUCGAUUCUUCCAAUCAAAAAAGUUUUUUUACAAGUUUUGAUUUCGCGAAUCAUAAUUAUUCACAAAAACUGUGACAAUAAAAUGCAAGCUAUAAUUUGGGUGUUUACAGUAUCAAGUACAAGGCCUUUGUUACCUUAAACAAUGUUGUCGACAAAUAAUUGACUUGUGUGUGAUACGCAACGUGAAACACUCAUGUGGAGAUAGGCCUAUCUGAUAUGAUAAUGUCAGUCAUGUUGAAUUACAUCACCACCCAGCAGAAUGAGCUUUCCAACUUUCUGAGAAUAAUUUAUAUUCAGCUAGACGUCCCAGCUUGCCACGCUAGACUUAUCUGGGAAGGGCCCGGAAAAAUGUGUUUGACACAGUGACAACUGCCAAAAGGUGCUAAAAGUAAAAAGAAUAUUACACUUGUUUCCAUCUGGAACUAAAAAUGAGGUGCAUUCAAUUUCGAGAUAAAUUACCGUGGACAAGCUUCGAGGCCAAGCCAAGAUUCUCAGAAAGUUGGGAAACUGAUUCAUCUCGCUAUAUUACUGUUCUAUGAUCUCAGACUUGUAUUGUUUGGAAACAUUCAAAGUUACGAUUAUGGAAAGUACCAUACUUCAUACUAUCGAAUUUUUUGUGGGCAUUUUAUUUUAGAGGAUAACCUUGAUUCCAUUCAAUUCUGUUUCGAAAUCGAAUAUCGCUUGUCUGCCGGCAUCAUCACAGGUAUUAAAUUGGUAUGAUUUUUAUCGCAUAUUCUCUACGAUAAAAUAUUGCUUGUCUGCCAGGUUUGCUAACUGAUGGAUCGCGUCUGUUAAAGAAAUAACACCACACUGGUGAGUGUUGUACUAAAAUCAAGAACAGGAGGGUGAUGCCAACAUGUAUGCCUGAUAUAAGGCACUUGGCCAAUUGUCGGAUGUGCGAACUUUGAAUGUGUCCAAUCUUUUGUCUUUUUGUUUUCCAUGAUCAUUCCUGCUCAAUUCCUUUUGCUGCAAAUUCCAAUUAUUUUCUUACGUUUUUUCCCAUUCGGUGUCACAAACACUUCACGUCAGAGUCGAUCAUUUGUCUAGCAGUCUCUGCUUGUCACAAGCCAGAAUGCUUGUAGCAUGGUUUAGCAUGGUUAGCAUACGCUAGUUACAAUAUUUCACACUAGAUUCCAGCUAUCAAUAGGGGGCCGUGUUGUAUAAAAUUGUUUGGAAAUAUCAAUAAGACGUGAGAUUUCUGAACUAAAUAAUGAAAUAUCUUUUUACAUAUCAAUUUUGAUGAUCAAAAUGAAAAAGUUUAGGGCAAUCAGUACUGUUUAUAACGAAUUGGUAAAAUUUUGCUUUUGUGUUGUGCAAUAAUUGCUCCCGGCUGUCAGAAGUGCAAAGUAAUGUACUGUAGGACCUCUCUAUUGUGAACACCCUUGGGACUGAUGAGUGAUGUCCUUAACUGAGAGUUGUUUUGAUUACAGAGGUCAAAUUCAAUGGAAGUGACAAACUGUAUGGACCAAAUGCAAUGUGUUUGAUAUGGUGGUUGUCCUUAAUAGGGAUGGUGUCCUUAAUAGGGAGGGAUCCUUGAUAUGGAGGGAUGCCUUUAUAGGGAGGGUGUCCUCAAUGUAGAGGUUAUCUUUGAUAUGAAGGGGUGUCCUUAACAGGGAUGUUGUCCUUAAUAGGGAGGGUGUACUCUUAAUGUGAUGGGUGUCCUAAGUGUGGAGGGUUUUCUUAAUAGAAAGGGUGUCCUUAAUAUAGAGCUUAUCCCUCAUAUGGAGGGUGUCCUUAAUAGAGAGGUGUCCGCUAAGGGAGGUUCCAAUGUACUAUCUUGUGUACAUGUGUACAUAUCCUUGUGACCGGUUUACUUGUAGUCUUAGUGCAAUAGUAUACAUAUGCUUAUCUGUAGUACUGAAAAAAGCUUCAUUUCGAUGUUCGGGGUUCAUCCUGGUGCAGAGACUCUCAGAGUUGGCCAUGUGUUUGAUGCUAAUAAAGCCAAAUAUAGAUUAUAGAAGAAUGCCUAAAUUUCACAAAACCGUAAAAUAAUGGCCACCUGAUUUCGAGGAGGGAGGAGGGGGGGAUACAAGGAUACGUAUUGACAGUUGCAUUAAAACACAUGGCAAAGAACUUUGUUGAGAAUUGAAGAAACCUUUGUGUUCUCUUAAGGAAUCGACUGCUUUAUAAAUAAUUAUACAAUUUUGCAUUGAUUUCCAUCUUUGUAUUGUGCUCCGUUUUGUGAUACACCCUGUAGUACUGUCUGUCCAUAUUUAGUUCGUCUAUUUAUUCCAGAAUAUUAGUUUAUAGAUAAAUUGUAUCAGUUACCAUGACAACCAUAUCAAUCUAAUUUAAUUGAAAAGGAAACCUGUGGUGAAAAAUCGGCUUUCCAACUUGUCGAGAGAGAAUCAUGUGUAUUUAAGUAGGUUUUCCAUCUUACUGGGCUACAUGAGUUUGUCAAAUAAAAGUCACUGGUAGAUAUAGACAGUUAUCAGCUAAGGUUCUAUUUUCAUCACCCUGGAAAAAAUCAGCUUUCCAACUUGUCGACAUUCAAACCAAUUUAGCUACAUGUCAUUCUUUUGUUGAUUUUUUCGUGACACCCUGUCAUGUACACCGCCAUAUUAUGCAUGCAUGUAUGUAUAUUAUUACCCAAGACUCCUUACCUCAAAAUGCUUUGAUGUCAAAAUGAUUUGACCCUGAAAGAAGGUCAUUUGAUUUAACCUUGUAGGGAGGUCAUUUGGUUUGACCCUGUUGGAAGGUUAUUUGGUUUGACCUUGUAGCAAGGUCUGGCUUGACCUUGAAAGAAGGUUAUUUGGUUUGACCUCGUAGCAAGGUCUGGCUUGACCUUGAAGGAAGGUCAUUUUGUGUCCUAUCAUAAAAGCUCAAUUGAUUAAGAACAAGCAUCGUUUCAACGUGUCCCUCAUUAUUCAGUACAUGAGGUGCUUAAAGGGACCAUAGUGCACAGUCAGGACCUUUUGCCCAAUUAGUCAUUACACUUAGUCAGCCAAUCAGGGUUCGGUUGUUAGAAAACAUGUUAGUUUAACAUGUUGAGGUGUUGUUACAUAAACAUUGAUGGAUGUUUAUAAGUGACGUGUCGACACCCUGUUACAAGCUUACAUGCUCUACCAACCAGGCCUAGGAUGUACUGGUAGGCAUGUGAUUAAGGAGGUUCGAUAUCCAAUUGGGUUGUGAACACACUUUAAAUCAAUUUCAAUGUUUGUUUUACAUGUAAUCCAAUCGGGACCUUAAUCCCAUUUGGGCAGUAUCUUAAUUUUCAAAUUAGACAUUGGAGCCCUUUACCGGCUCUUAAAGGCAAGGAAGCACUGCCGGCUGGCAACAUAUGACUCAUCCAGGUAGCCUGCUAAUGCAUAAUACCAUAAUGCAUAAGGCUGACACACUAUGAAGACCUCUACAUGUGGUAAUCAAGGAGGGCAUGGCAAACCAAACAAGGUCCUUGUGUGGACCGUACUUCUAACUGCCAGCUCUCUCACUGUGGCGGGGCAAGGCUAGGACCACCAAGGAGCUGUGAUGAGGCUUUCAUACCAGUGUUGUAUCUCCCGUUCCAGCGUCUGAACUGUUACAAUUACGCUUCAGGAGAUAUCGAAGAAUAGAUUUCAACUGUAACGGCUCAAAUGAUGGAGUCAGUGCUGCAGCAUCGGUUUGAAAGCCUGAUCUUGGCUUCUUUGGUGUCCUGGCACAGCCUCGGUGAGGAAGCUAUCAGCUGGAUGAACGUUCAACUCAAAGUCUGUUUACAGUCAGAGGUGGUUAGCCAUGACUCGGAGAGGUGGUUAGCCCUGACUUGAAGAGGUGGUAAGCCAUGACUCGGCGAGGUCGGAGAUGCUCAGAGGUUGUAGCUUCUUCUUCUUCAGCAUUCGCCCUGCACUGUUUGGCGAUUUUCUCCAGGGCAUUCCUCCUCUAAAGUGGGAUGAGCCUUUUUCAUGUACGGUUAGGCAAGCUACUUAUGUUCCUCACUUGGUGGGGUCUUCUUUUAACCUGCCCUGGCCAAGGAACCUUGGUUUUAAGUCUCAUUCGAAGGACUGAGGUUGCAGCUGAUUCCACAGGGUGAGGUUGCAGCUGAUUCCACAGGCUGAGGUUGCAGCUGAUUCCACAGGGUGAGGUUGCAGCUGAUUCCACAGGGUGAGGUUGCAGCUGAUUCCACAGGGUGAGGUCGGUGCUUUGUCCUUUGUGUAGUGGCACUUUUUGGUCUUAGUCAAAACCCAACAUUUUUUUACUGCCUUAAUCAUGAACAUAGUAUAUAAAUCAGUCUCGUGUCAGAAUUGGAAAAAAAACAUUGCCU